UUCACAAACAAUGUUAAUUAACUGUAAAACACACAUUCAAAUGCUGCAUUAUCGAAUAUAUAAAGUAAAACAAAUUUCCAAGUUCAACCUACCUUUCAGUCCGAGAAAAUAGAUCGAUUCGAGCAGAAAGUUCAAGACGCUCGUGUGUCGUGACGUCAGAAAAACGUCUGACGCAGGAUCCUUAAAGUGCAGGUGUGAUGUUUGAAUAGUUGUGAAUUUACUGUUUAAGUUGAAAGAGUGUAACGUUAUUAUAAUAAUAAUGUCCAGCUGAUUCAUCUCACUGACUUCCAACUGGUUGGAGUUUAUCUACACACUUCAGUUGGCAGGAAUUUUUUAUUUAUUAAAUUUUUAUUUAUUUAUUUAUUUUUAUUUUUAUUUAUUUAUUUUUGUGGGACUAGACUAGAGAGUCAUGGGGAGCAUGAAUGCUAAUGUGAAUAAAGUGUUGAAUGAGGGGACAGAUGAAUUGACAUGGGGAAAUGAAGCUGACCAAAAAUCAACAUUGAUUCAAUGUUCGUAUUUUUCAACACUGAAAAGCAUUGAAAUAUCAACGUUGAUUCGAUGUUGUUUUUUUCAACACUGAAAAGCAUUGAAAUUUCAAUGUUGAUUCAAUAUUAUGUAGCAUUGAAUUUUCAAUCUCAACCAAAAUGAUGAUUCUGAUAGAAUUUCAACAUUGAAUCAAUGUCACCUUACUAUCUGGGAAGUGUCUGUAUGAUUUAUGUUCUUCUAUUAAUUUGUAGUGCUAGUUUUGAGAGCCUUAAAUGGUCUAAUCAGCCAAAAAACAAUCUUUCUGAAUGACUUCCUUGCUAGUGCGCUGACUACUGACCUAGGGAGCUGAUUAAGACGCACCCAGAGAUUUAGUUUGGAUUUAUUUUUAGCUGUUAAUUAGUCUCAUUUUAAACAUGACAGAGCUCCCAAACACACAGAAGAACUUGUGGUGAAGCAACUGAGAUCCACAUGACGUACAUAUAAAGAUGCCGUUUAUAAAAGAGGAGAGUGAAGACAUGAAGAUUGAAGAAGUAUUCAGCGUGAAACAAGAAGAUACUGAGGAACAAACAGACCUGAUGGCACUGAAAGAAGAGAGUAAAGAACAUAAUGAAAUGCAAGAGAAAAAUCAGUAUGAGAAACGUAAUUUAAUAACUAGAGAAAAAUCUUUUAGUUACUCACAGACUGAAAAGACUUCCUCACAAAAAAGAACUCAAAGGAAAGGAACUAGAAGUUAUUUCUCCUGUCAACAGUGUGGAAAACGUUUCACCCAAAAAGGAAACCUUAAUGUCCACAAGAGAGUUCACACUGGAGAGAAGCCGUUCAGCUGCCAACAGUGUGGAAAGAAUUUUACACAUAAAGGAACCCUUAAAACCCAUAUGAGAUGCCACACUGGAGAGAGUCCUUACACCUGCAAACUGUGUGGAAAGAGCCUCUCAAGAAAAAUAAGUUUUAAGAUUCACAUGAGAAUUCACACUGGAGAGAAGCCUUACACAUGUGAUCAGUGUGGAAAGAGUUUUACACAUAAAGGAACCCUUAAUACACAUGUGAGAAGUCAUACUGGAGAGAGCCCUUUCAUCUGCAAACUGUGUGGGAAGAGCUUCUCACGAAAACAAAGUUGUAAGACUCACAUGAGAAUUCACACUGGAGAGAAGCCUUACACAUGUGAUCUGUGUGGAAAGAGUUUUACGCAUAAAGGAACCCUUAAUGCCCACGUGAGAACUCACACUAGAGAAAGCCCUUACACCUGUAAACUGUGUGGGAAGAGCUUCUCACGAAAAGAAAGUCUUAAGACUCACAUGAGAAUUCACACUGGCGAGAAGCCUUACAUAUGUCCUCAAUGUGGAAAGAGUUUUAUGCUUAAAAGAACCCUUCAUCGCCACAUAAGAACUCACCUUUGAUAAAGUCCUUACACCUGCAAACUGUGGGAAGAGCUUCUCACGAAAAGAAAGUCUUAAGUCACACAUGAAUUCACAAUGAAGUGAAGCCAUUCUAAUGUGAUGUGAUCAAUGUGGAAAAAGUUUCAAAUGUAAAGUAACCCUUGAUAAUCACUUGAGAGAACUGUAUUAGGUGCAAUUUGUAAUAGUGUGGAAGGAGUUUCACAGACAGGAAACACAAUGUUACGUCCAGAGCUGUAAAGGGUUUGUUAACUGUGCUCUCUCUUCUCUUGCUUUCUCUCUCUCUCUCCCUCCCUGCAGAGUAAUUACCACCUGACUCCAAUAAUGAGUGGCCUGUGGUAAUUGAAUUAUGCCUGCUACAGACUGCACUGCAGCGAUCCUAUAAGAUCAUUACAAAUCACACUGUACAACAUGGCUCUAAUAAACUUGUAACUUCUAUUAAUCUUAUGUAGACUGUA